AGGCGGGCGGUGGCGACGAUGGAGGAGCCUUCCUCGCCUCUGCCUGGCUGCACGGCAGCCCUUUCACCUUAGGCACGCUCCGCGGCGCGGCCCCUCCCUCCGCUCCUUCGUUUAAAACAAACAGAAUACGCCGCCGCCAACCCUAGCCUGCCAACGGCGAGCACGGUCGCCUCCCGUGCCGCUUCCGGGAGCGGAGGCGCGGCCCCGCGGCCCGGGGAGGAGGAGGCGGAGGGGGAGGAGGCCAACAUGGCGGCGCGCAGGGCUGGGCCGGGCCGCAGCCGCGCUUGAGCGCCACACCGCACUAGCUCGGCUCGCAAGACCCAAGCCCGCACCCAGCCUGGCCCGGCGGCUGCGGAGCACCCGGGGCAGGAACGCAGGGGCCAACCUGGGCGCGGAGGCGGCGCGGAGGGUGCGCCGCGCGGCCCGCCAGGCCCGGGACCCGUAGCUUCGCCGUGCGCUGGCCGGGGCGGCCCGGAGGCCCAAGCCAUGGAAUCGGAGGAGGAGCAGCACAUGACCACGCUGCUGUGCAUGGGCUUCUCGGACCCCGCCACCAUCCGCAAGGCCCUGCGCCUGGCCAAGAACGACAUCAACGAGGCCGUGGCGCUGCUCACCAACGAGCGGCCGGGCCUCGACUACGGCGGCUACGAGCCCAUGGACAGCGGCGGUGGCCCCAGUCCCGGGCCCGGCGGGGGCCCGCGGGGCGACGGCGGAGGUGACGGCGGCGGCGGCCCCUCCCGCGGCGGGAGCACCGGAGGCGGGGGCGGCUUCGACCCCCCGCCCGCCUACCACGAGGUGGUGGACGCGGAGAAGAAUGAUGAGAAUGGAAACUGCUCAGGGGAAGGAAUUGAAUUCCCUACAACAAAUUUAUAUGAACUGGAAAGCCGUGUUUUGACUGAUCAUUGGUCCAUCCCUUACAAGCGAGAAGAAUCACUAGGCAAAUGCCUGUUGGCAUCUACCUACCUAGCAAGACUUGGUCUUUCCGAGUCUGAUGAGAAUUGUAGAAGGUUUAUGGAUAGGUGUAUGCCUGAAGCAUUUAAAAAGCUCCUGACAUCAAGUGCUGUUCACAAGUGGGGUACUGAAAUUCAUGAAGGAAUUUACAACAUGUUGAUGCUAUUAAUAGAACUGGUCGCAGAGAGAAUAAAACAAGAUCCAAUUCCCAUUGGUCUCCUGGGUGUGCUUACAAUGGCUUUCAAUCCUGAUAAUGAAUACCAUUUUAAAAACAGAAUGAAAGUGUCUCAAAGGAAUUGGGCAGAAGUGUUUGGAGAGGGAAAUAUGUUUGCUGUUUCACCUGUAUCGACUUUCCAAAAGGAGCCUCAUGGAUGGGUUGUGGAUUUGGUAAAUAAGUUUGGAGAAUUAGGUGGAUUUGCAGCAAUCCAAGCCAAGCUCCAUUCAGAAGAUAUAGAACUUGGGGCUGUCUCAGCACUGAUUCAGCCCUUAGGAGUGUGUGCAGAGUACCUCAAUUCCUCCGUGGUACAGCCCAUGCUAGACCCAGUCAUUCUUACUACAAUCCAGGAUGUACGGAGCGUAGAAGAGAAAGACCUCAAAGACAAGAGAUUGGUUAGCAUCCCUGAGCUCUUGUCUGCCGUUAAGUUACUUUGCAUGCGCUUCCAACCGGAUCUGGUGACAAUUGUGGAUGACCUUCGACUAGAUAUUCUAUUGCGCAUGCUGAAAUCACCACAUUUCAGUGCUAAGAUGAAUUCUCUCAAAGAAGUAACCAAACUAAUAGAAGAUAGCACUUUAUCCAAAUCUGUGAAGAAUGCUAUAGAUACAGACAGAUUAUUAGAUUGGCUAGUUGAAAACUCAGUUCUGUCAAUUGCACUGGAAGGCAACAUAGACCAAGCACAAUACUGUGACCGUAUAAAGGGAAUUAUUGAACUCUUGGGUAGUAAAUUGUCGUUAGAUGAACUCACUAAAAUUUGGAAGAUACAGUCAGGACAAUCAUCUACUGUGAUUGAGAACAUUCAUACUAUUAUUGCUGCAGCGGCUGUGAAAUUUAAUUCAGAUCAGCUUAAUCAUUUGUUUGUUCUCAUUCAGAAGAGCUGGGAGACUGAGAGUGAUAGAGUAAGACAGAAGCUUUUGAGCCUGAUUGGACGAAUAGGCCGGGAAGCUCGCUUUGAGACCACUUCUGGAAAGGUUUUAGACGUACUCUGGGAACUGGCUCACCUUCCAACCCUGCCCAGUAGCCUUAUUCAGCAGGCCUUGGAGGAGCACCUGACAAUCCUUAGUGAUGCAUAUGCAGUGAAAGAAGCAAUCAAGAGGAGCUACAUCAUCAAGUGCAUAGAAGAUAUUAAGAGGCCUGGAGAAUGGUCAGGUUUGGAAAAAAACAAGAAGGAUGGAUUCAAGUCAUCUCAGCUUAAUAAUCCCCAGUUUGUAUGGGUGGUACCAGCUUUGCGUCAGCUCCAUGAAAUUACUCGCUCAUUCAUAAAACAAACCUAUCAAAAGCAAGACAAGAGCAUUAUUCAAGACUUGAAGAAGAAUUUUGAAAUAGUGAAAUUGGUAACGGGAAGUUUGAUCGCUUGUCAUCGGCUUGCAGCUGCUGUGGCCGGGCCUGGAGGCUUAAGUGGCUCGACACUAGUGGAUGGCCGGUACACUUACCGGGAGUAUUUAGAGGCACAUCUAAAAUUUCUAGCGUUUUUCUUGCAAGAAGCUACUCUGUAUCUGGGCUGGAAUCGUGCCAAGGAGAUCUGGGAGUGUCUUGUAACUGGCCAGGAUGUUUGUGAAUUAGAUAGAGAGAUGUGUUUUGAAUGGUUUACAAAAGGACAGCAUGAUCUUGAGAGUGAUGUUCAGCAGCAGCUCUUCAAGGAGAAAAUUCUUAAAUUGGAGUCAUAUGAAAUCACUAUGAAUGGUUUUAACUUAUUUAAAACUUUUUUUGAAAAUGUGAAUCUUUGUGAUCAUCGAUUGAAAAGACAAGGAGCUCAGUUGUAUGUAGAAAAGCUGGAAUUGAUAGGAAUGGAUUUCAUUUGGAAAAUAGCCAUGGAAUCACCUGAUGAAGAAAUUGCUAAUGAAGCUAUUCAGCUAAUCAUAAACUAUAGUUACAUUAAUCUAAAUCCUAGAUUAAAGAAGGAUUCAGUAUCUUUACAUAAGAAAUUCAUUGCUGAUUGCUACACAAGAUUAGAAGCAGCCAGUUCAGCACUUGGUGGCCCCACUCUAACACAUGCUGUGACCAGAGCAACAAAAAUGCUUACAGCAACUGCCAUGCCAACUGUAGCAACCUCAGUUCAGUCUCCUUAUAGAUCCACUAAACUUGUAAUAAUUGAGAGAUUGCUGCUUCUGGCAGAGCGCUAUGUGAUCACUAUAGAGGAUUUUUACUCUGUUCCACGAACUAUUCUACCUCAUGGUGCCUCAUUUCACGGACAUCUUUUAACUCUUAAUGUUACCUAUGAGUCUACCAAAGAUACCUUCACUGUCGAGGCUCACAGUAAUGAAACCAUAGGGAGUGUCCGGUGGAAAAUAGCCAAGCAGUUGUGCUCUCCUGUAGAUAAUAUACAGAUAUUUACAAAUGAUAGCCUGCUGACAGUGAAUAAAGAUCAAAAGCUACUCCACCAACUGGGCUUUUCUGAUGAACAAAUCCUUACAGUGAAGACUUCUGGCAGUGGGACCCCAUCUGGGAGUUCAGCAGAUUCUUCAACCAGCUCCAGCAGCAGCAGCAGUGGGGUUUUUAGUUCUUCAUAUGCCAUGGAGCAGGAGAAAUCCCUCCCUGGUGUAGUGAUGGCUCUCGUAUGUAAUGUAUUUGACAUGCUUUAUCAGCUCGCCAAUCUGGAAGAGCCAAGGAUAACUCUACGAGUACGGAAGCUUCUGCUCUUGAUACCCACUGAUCCAGCCAUUCAGGAAGCCCUUGAUCAACUUGAUUCUUUAGGAAGAAAGAAAACAUUGCUGUCUGAAUCAAGUUCUCAGUCCUCAAAAUCUCCAUCCCUGUCAUCAAAGCAACAGCACCAGCCAAGUGCCAGUUCAAUUUUAGAAAGUCUGUUUCGAUCUUUUGCCCCGGGAAUGUCUACCUUCAGAGUGCUCUACAACUUAGAAGUUCUAAGCUCCAAACUCAUGCCAACAGCUGAUGAUGACAUGGCCAGAAGCUGUGCCAAAUCCUUCUGUGAAAACUUCCUCAAAGCUGGUGGUUUGAGUUUGGUUGUAAAUGUCAUGCAGAGAGACUCCAUCCCAUCAGAAGUAGACUAUGAAACAAGGCAGGGUGUUUAUUCCAUCUGUCUACAGCUUGCAAGAUUUUUACUUGUCGGACAAACAAUGCCCACGUUAUUAGAUGAAGACCUCACCAAAGAUGGCAUAGAAGCACUUUCUUCCCGCCCAUUCCGAAAUGUCAGCCGGCAGACAAGCAGACAGAUGUCCUUAUGUGGUACCCCAGAAAAGUCAUCCUACCGACAGUUGUCCGUGUCUGAUAGGUCUUCUAUUAGGGUUGAGGAAAUCAUCCCUGCUGCUCGAGUUGCAAUACAAACAAUGGAAGUAAGUGAUUUCACUUCUACUGUGGCUUGCUUCAUGAGAUUGUCAUGGGCUGCGGCUGCAGGACGGCUUGAUCUUGUUGGGAGUAGCCAGCCAAUUAAAGAAAGUAAUUCCCUGUGUCCUGCUGGAAUUCGAAACAGACUCAGCAGUUCAGGAAGCAAUUGCAGCUCUGGAAGUGAAGGAGAACCAGUAGCCCUGCAUGCAGGAAUCUGUGUUCGACAACAGUCUGUAUCCACCAAAGACUCGCUGAUUGCGGGAGAGGCUUUGUCUCUUCUCGUUACGUGCCUACAGCUUCGGAGCCAGCAACUGGCAUCUUUCUAUAACUUGCCCUGUGUUGCUGAUUUCAUCAUUGAUAUUCUGCUCGGAUCACCAAGUGCUGAGAUUCGCCGGGUUGCCUGUGAUCAGCUGUACACUCUUAGUCAGACAGACACAUCAGCGCAUCCAGAUGUGCAGAAGCCAAAUCAGUUUCUUCUAGGCGUAAUCCUCACGGCUCAGCUGCCUCUCUGGUCUCCAACUAGUAUUAUGAGAGGAGUCAAUCAGAGACUGUUAUCUCAGUGUAUGGAGUAUUUUGAUUUGAGAUGCCAGUUAUUAGAUGAUCUGACAACUUCAGAAAUGGAGCAGUUAAGGAUCAGCCCAGCUACGAUGCUUGAAGAUGAGAUUACUUGGCUGGAUAACUUUGAACCUAAUCGUACAGCUGAAUGUGAGACCAGUGAAGCGGACAACAUCUUACUGGCUGGGCACUUACGCCUCAUCAAGACCCUUCUUUCACUCUGUGGGGCAGAAAAGGAAAUGCUUGGUUCAUCACUCAUUAAACCAUUGUUAGAUGACUUCCUUUUCCGAGCUUCUAGAAUUAUUUUAAAUAGUCAUUCUCCAGCUGGCAGUGCCGCCAUCAGUCAACAGGACUUUCAUCCAAAGUGUAGUACAGCAAAUAGCCGAUUGGCAGCCUAUGAAGUCCUUGUGAUGUUAGCUGAUAGUUCACCUUCAAAUCUUCAAAUUAUUAUAAAAGAACUGCUUUCUAUGCAUCACCAACCUGACCCUGCUCUUACCAAGGAGUUUGAUUACCUUCCCCCAGUGGAUAGCAGGUCCAGUUCAGGGUUUGUGGGGCUGAGAAAUGGUGGUGCAACUUGUUAUAUGAAUGCAGUCUUCCAGCAGCUGUAUAUGCAACCUGGGCUCCCUGAGUCAUUACUUUCAGUGGAUGAUGACACAGACAAUCCAGAUGAUAGCGUGUUUUACCAAGUGCAGUCUCUCUUUGGGCAUUUAAUGGAAAGCAAGCUGCAGUACUAUGUACCUGAGAAUUUUUGGAAGAUUUUCAAGAUGUGGAAUAAAGAACUUUAUGUGAGAGAACAGCAGGAUGCAUAUGAAUUCUUUACUAGUCUCAUUGAUCAGAUGGAUGAAUACCUCAAGAAAAUGGGGAGAGACCAAAUUUUUAAGAAUACAUUUCAGGGCAUCUACUCUGAUCAGAAGAUCUGUAAAGACUGUCCUCACAGAUAUGAGCGUGAAGAAGCUUUCAUGGCUCUCAAUCUAGGAGUGACUUCUUGUCAGAGUUUGGAAAUUUCUUUGGACCAAUUUGUUAGAGGAGAAGUUCUAGAAGGAAGUAAUGCGUACUACUGUGAAAAGUGUAAAGAAAAGAGAAUAACAGUGAAAAGGACCUGUAUUAAAUCUUUACCUAGCGUCUUGGUAAUUCACCUAAUGAGAUUUGGGUUUGACUGGGAAAGCGGACGCUCCAUUAAAUAUGAUGAACAAAUAAGGUUUCCCUGGAUGCUAAACAUGGAGCCUUACACAGUUUCAGGAAUGGCUCGCCAAGAUUCUUCUUCUGAAGUUGGGGAAAAUGGGCGAAGUGUGGAUCAGGGAGGUGGAGGAUCCCCACGAAAAAAGGUUGCCCUCACAGAAAACUAUGAACUUGUCGGUGUCAUCGUACACAGUGGGCAGGCACACGCAGGCCACUACUAUUCCUUCAUUAAGGACAGGCGAGGGUGUGGAAAAGGAAAGUGGUAUAAAUUUAAUGACACAGUUAUAGAAGAAUUUGACCUAAAUGACGAGACCCUGGAGUAUGAAUGCUUUGGAGGAGAAUAUAGACCAAAAGUUUAUGAUCAAACAAACCCAUACACUGAUGUGCGCCGAAGAUACUGGAAUGCCUAUAUGCUUUUCUACCAAAGGGUGUCUGAUCAGAACUCCCCAGUAUUACCAAAGAAAAGUCGAGUCAGCGUUGUACGGCAGGAAGCUGAGGAUCUCUCUCUGUCAGCUCCAUCUUCACCAGAAAUUUCACCUCAGUCAUCCCCUCGGCCCCAUAGGCCGAACAAUGACCGGCUGUCUAUUCUUACCAAGCUGGUUAAAAAAGGCGAGAAGAAAGGACUGUUUGUGGAGAAAAUGCCUGCUCGAAUAUACCAGAUGGUGAGAGAUGAGAACCUCAAGUUUAUGAAGAAUAGAGAUGUGUACAGUAGUGAUUAUUUCAGUUUUGUUUUGUCUUUAGCUUCGUUGAAUGCUACUAAAUUAAAGCAUCCAUAUUAUCCUUGCAUGGCAAAGGUGAGCUUACAGCUUGCUAUUCAAUUCCUUUUUCAAACUUAUCUACGGACAAAGAAGAAACUCAGGGUUGAUACUGAAGAAUGGAUUGCUACCAUUGAAGCAUUGCUUUCAAAAAGUUUUGAUGCUUGUCAGUGGUUAGUUGAAUAUUUUAUUAGUUCUGAAGGACGAGAAUUGAUAAAGAUUUUCUUACUGGAGUGCAAUGUGAGAGAAGUACGAGUUGCUGUGGCCACCAUUCUGGAGAAAACCCUAGACAGUGCCUUGUUUUAUCAGGAUAAGUUAAAAAGCCUUCAUCAGUUACUGGAGGUACUACUUGCUCUGUUGGACAAAGACGUCCCAGAAAAUUGUAAAAACUGUGCUCAGUACUUUUUCCUGUUCAACACUUUUGUACAAAAGCAAGGAAUUAGGGCUGGAGAUCUUCUUCUGAGGCAUUCAGCUCUGCGGCACAUGAUCAGCUUCCUCCUAGGGGCCAGUCGGCAAAACAAUCAGAUACGUCGAUGGAGUUCAGCACAAGCACGAGAAUUUGGGAAUCUUCACAAUACAGUGGCGUUACUUGUUUUGCAUUCAGAUGUCUCAUCCCAAAGGAAUGUUGCUCCUGGCAUAUUUAAGCAACGACCACCCAUUAGCAUUGCUCCCUCAAGCCCUCUGCUGCCCCUCCAUGAGGAGGUAGAAGCCUUGUUGUUCAUGUCUGAAGGGAAACCUUACCUGUUAGAGGUAAUGUUUGCUUUGCGGGAGCUGACAGGCUCACUCUUGGCACUCAUUGAGAUGGUAGUGUACUGCUGUUUCUGUAAUGAGCAUUUUUCCUUCACAAUGCUGCAUUUCAUUAAGAACCAACUAGAAACGGCUCCACCUCAUGAGUUAAAGAAUACGUUCCAACUACUUCAUGAAAUAUUGGUUAUUGAAGAUCCCAUACAAGUAGAGCGAGUCAAAUUUGUGUUUGAGACAGAAAAUGGAUUACUAGCUUUGAUGCACCACAGUAAUCAUGUGGACAGUAGUCGCUGCUACCAGUGUGUCAAAUUUCUUGUCACUCUUGCUCAAAAGUGUCCUGCAGCUAAGGAGUACUUCAAGGAGAAUUCCCACCACUGGAGCUGGGCUGUGCAGUGGCUACAGAAGAAGAUGUCAGAACAUUACUGGACACCACAGAGUAAUGUCUCUAAUGAAACAUCAACUGGAAAAACCUUUCAGCGAACCAUUUCAGCUCAGGACACGUUAGCGUAUGCCACAGCUUUGUUGAAUGAAAAAGAGCAAUCAGGAAGCAGCAAUGGGUCGGAGAGUAGUCCUGCCAAUGAGAACGGAGACAGGCAUCUACAGCAGGGUUCAGAAUCUCCCAUGAUGAUUGGUGAGUUGAGAAGUGACCUUGAUGAUGUUGAUCCCUAGAGGAACGUGCCCAGCCUGAGAGGAGUCAAGACACAAUACUGGAUGCUCAGCACCUUCUUGGAAUCAGAAUCUCGAACCCUUUGGAAGAGCCUGGAGAUUGGACUGGGAAAGCUGCUGUGACUUGGGCGGAUCAUGUAUUUCUCAAGGAAAGCAUUUUUAGGCCACUAGAAGGUUUGGGAGCUGUUUGGCAGUGGGAGAACUCCGGCAUGUGGAUCAGCUGUCCCGGGAGCGUGGUCUAUAUGUGGAUUCACAUUUCUGUAGAGAUUUUCGGAAAUAGAGCCAGUGGCAGACUUUUUUGUUACACGAACAUACAAGAGUGAGCAUAAAGCUGUUGCUUUCUCUACGAUGCUACAAAAGAAAUUCCUUUGGUUUUUAUAUUUUAAGAAAAAGCAAGCUGCUUUUAGAUAUGUGGGGGCAAAUUUUUAAUCUUGCAGUAAUAUUAAACAGGAAUAUCCAAUUUAAAAUGAUGUAAAGAUGUAAUAAAAUUCCUUUUCAUUGUAAAAUAGUAAUUAAGUCAAUUUACACAGACCUUUGUAUUUAAUAUGUCUCCCUAUUUGUAUAGAAUUUCAGAUGGGUCUAGAUGAGAACCCUACGCAUAAGCUUGGAUCUUGAUGAAAGGUUACCAGGAUCAGGAUCAAAAAUUGGGAAAUACUAAGCUCUUGAAGAUAUUUUUCUGAUAUAAUUAGAUUGAAAAGAGCAAUUUUGAAAAUGCUGUGUUCUCCAGAAGUACAGGGUGCAUUAUUUGACAUCAAUCACUUAAAGAAGUUAUGAGUUGUUCCCCAAACAGAUUUUAAAAACAGCAAAAUAAAAGCACUUUAAGAUAUAAUUUUACUGAGUUUAACUUCACAGAAUUAUCUUUUUAAUGCUUGGAGACAUAUUGAGUAAACUGUAGUCUUAAAUCAUGUGAUCUGCAAUCGUUUGCUUUUGCUUAAAACAUAAUUACUGAAACCCUUGGUAUUGGUUGUAUACGAAGUUAACUAUUUGAGUUGGUACACACUGCUUGUGAGUUUCAUAGUAAUUGUAAUGCAGAGAAGGAAUUUGAGAAUUUGUUUCUCCUCAACAUGACUAAUUAACACUGAAAAGUCAGUCAAGGUUUAAGAUUUAUUUUCCCAGAAAUAAAUAUAAAGCAAUUGAAUAACCAUCCAUUUAGUCGUAUUUCCAAAGUAUAGCACCAUUCACUCAUUUAUACCAGCUCCCUUUUAUGGUGGGGGGGAGAGGUUUACACCCACAUAUUUCAUAUAUAUUUUGUACAUUUUGUAUUUAGAAUUGCUCACAUUUUCGGCCCUGUUUUGCCUUUAGUUAGAGGUCCUGCCUUAUUUUCAUCUCACCAUGCACAGAACUAGGGAGCCUUAGGAAGUGCCAGGUUUUCACUGUCAGUUAGAUUUGCCAAGUCACAGAGGCGCAGCCAGCCCUGAAGUGCCUGUCUGGCUGCUGUGGCAUUGUGUGGGCACGUGGCCAGGCAGAUGGCAUCUCAUUACGGUGCUCUCGCCAUGGCCCAGUCGUUUCAUUCUCUGGCAGUGAGGGUUUCUGUGCCGUCAGACUUCAUUGUUAUUCUGUGACUUGCUGGAGGCUGGCAGUGGCCUUUGUCAAACACACUGAGGAGAUGGAAGGGCCAGCACUUAAGAGCAGAACUGUACCCUUAGAGAAAUGGACAGAGGCGAGUGGCAAACUUCAGACAGUUCCAAUGUUCUUGCAGUUUGAAAUGUGAUAUUCUACCAUUGGUUUUGAGUACGUGAAUACUUCCUGUCCUACUGUUUCCCCUACCCUAUUCUCACCUUCUCUCCGCCCACAUCCUCACCAAGAGAUUGUGUGGGACAUGACCUUGAAAUGCUGGCGAUGAUCCACGCUGGGAUAUCAUCGCUGGCGACUGCACUCUCAGGAGCCCAAAAUCAGGAGUGAAAUCGCCACUUCUAGUCCCCUUAUUUCCUAUGGAAACAAUGCCUUCCGCACCCCUAGCACCUGCUGUCCUCACUGUAAAGCUUCAUCAGGAUCGUCCACCGUGUAUAUUAUACGCUUCAGAUCAUGUUGCUUACAUUGUUGCUGCAAUGACCAUCGUUUUCACUUUGCUGGUAACCACUUGAUUGCUGACAGCUACAGUCAAUGAACCUGCUGAUGACUUUUUUUAAUGUAGUACAACAGUGACAGUUAUGACAGGCUUACCUUGGAAGAGUUGUCAUUUUUACUGCCAAUUUUUUGGAUGAAGAUGUUUUUAUAAACCUUUCAAAAUGGUCUGCAAACAGAGCAGGAAUUGCACAAUUAACUCAAUAAUGCUGUGUGUUCUCAAGAAGCUCCCUUAGUGAGGCCGAUCUUAGGAUGGCCGAUUCUGCCCGUUGAAGGCAUCCUGGGAAAGAAAACAAGCAUCCCAGCGGGCAUCUCGCCACGACUUCUCCUGGAGUCCUCACACGGUCACUGACAACUACAGUCAGUUUUAGGAACUAGAGUGCCGUAUCAUCAAACUUACCCUGUCCUGCCCCACCUUCCCUGCUAACAUCGAGGUGUGUGCAGUUACCUUCUGAGCUUGGAACAAGCAGACUGGAAUUUUCCUCUGCUACCUCUUGUUUAUAAAAUUUCAAAAGGAAGUAGAUACACUAGGGAAGAACCUUAAUUCUAAAUUUGGUUCAUGUGUGGCAAAGUUCUUAGCUUCUAAGAGUAUAAAAUAAAUUUUUCAAAAACAGA